AUGGCUAAUGUUUUAUGUCAAAAUAAAAUAAUUAGGGUGGAUUCCAUUAAUGUACAAGAUGAUGUUAAUAUAACUGUUCAAAUAGAUGAUAUAUCAUCAAAAUUUGUUUUGGUCAAUUUAAAUCUUAAAUGUAAAUUAUCAAAAAUUCGUAAAAGACUUGAACAAAAUACUAAAGUCAAAAUGAAUGAUACAUUGUCAUUUGCAAAUAUGUUUAAUAAUAAUAAUGGAAGUUCAUUGGCUGAAAUAGCAAGAGAGGAUGAAGAGGAGAUAAUUUUGGAGAACAUUAUAGACAAAAAGAGUAAAACUUUAUAUUUAAAGUCAGAAUCUGAUUGGAGAUUUUUCAAAGACAAGUUUAAAUUAGAAUAUGGACACUAUGUAACUUUAGAAAAAGUCAAUAAUAGAGCAUUCACAAUGGUGGAUUGUGAAAUGAAUGAAAUUGUUGAUGGAUAUGAAAAUAAUACAAUUCAAAUCGAUUUGGAAGAGGAUAAGAUUAUAAAAAAUGAUUUUCUUUUAAUUGCGGAUAUUGAUAUACCAAAUUUUGCAAAAUUGGGAGUAUCAAUUGAAAAUUCAAACAUCAAAAAUUCUAACAUCAUAACCAGUUCAACUUAUAAUAUUAUUGAGUACAAAAAAAUGUCCUUAAAAUUAAAAUUAGAACCAACUAAAGAGUUUAUUGAAGCAGUGAAGGGUGUUAUAGAUUCUAAAGAUCCUAGAAAAUUUAAGGAUCUCAUAAAUGAUUUUGGCCAAUUUAUCCCAAAAAAAGUUAUUUUGGGUGGAAGAGCUUAUUUUAUUGCAAAAGAAAAUUCUGAAGAAAAUUCUGGUGAAUAUGUUAAAAAUACUGAUUGUCAGGCUCCAAAUAUUAAAGUUGAAAAAAAGUCUUUAGAAAUCUUAAAUAAAAGUAAUUCAUCUAAAUAUCAAAGUUUUAAAAUAUUUGGAGGAAAAGAAAUUUGUUCUAACAACUUUAAUGAAACAGAUUGGAUUGAAUCUUUAAGAAAUUUUAGAAACUGGAGUUGUAUAAAAUUUAAAGAUCCAGUUAAUAUUUUUCAACUUUUGCCUGAAAAUUUGCGUAGACAAAUUUUAUUAUUAGUUGAAAAAAAAAUUCUUUAUACAAAUGCUGAAAAUUGUACUUAUUACUUAUUUGAACCUGGAAUGCAUCACACUUUUAAACUAAAUAUACCAGAAAAUAUUUUAAAAGUUAUUAAUAAUAAAGAUGCUGAUUGUAACAUCUUUGCUACAGUUAUUGAUAAAAAAGAAAAAGAUAUUUUUAAUUGUCAAGUUGUUUGGCCACCAAAUGAAGAUCCAAAACUUAUAAUUCAUUGUAUUCAAAAAAAAUUUAGAAAGCGUGAAUGUAAAUUGAAGAUCAGAUGGAUGAUCAUUGGUUAUGACAUAAAUUUUGAUUUUAAUCAUUCGGAUCUUAACGUUAAACUGAAAAUCAUAAAAAAUGAUUUUAAUUCAUCAAAUCGUCAAGCUAUAAUUAAAACACUAGACUCGAAAUAUGAUUCAUCAGCUCUUUACUUUGGUAUUCCUAUAUUAAAAAAUAAGUUGGAUUCUUCAAAUAAUUCUCUUAUCAUUGGACAUCAUUUUUUUAAUAACGAAAAUGAAAUAAUUGGAUCAUAUAUAUUUUCUUAUUGCUUGAAAAAGAAUCAUUUUAUUAACUUACCUAAUUUUACAUUUUAUACAAUUAUUAUCUCAAACUAUCCUAAUUCUGAUAAUUAUGGAAUCUCACCCUUCCAACAUAUUAGUAUAAUAAGUAAACUGCUAAAUUUUAUUAAGUUUAAUUCUUUAAAGCCAACCCCAAAAUUUAUUAGUUUAUAUACUACAAAAAACAAAUAUGGACCAAUUUUCUUAAAACAAAAAACCAGUGAAAUUAAAAUUAAAUAUAUUAAUGUUAAUUGUGAUCAAGAUGAUUGUAUCUGUAAAUGCAAGAAAUUAGAAGAUAACUUAAAAUAUGCUUUCUUAGAUCCAAAAGAUCCAAAUUAA